AUGAAACUUCUCAUAUCAUCAUUUGAAAUACUAAAAGCAGACAGAUAUAAGCAAUCAUUCAGAGAAAAUAAAGGAAUCUACGACGAUUGGGGAAUCAGCAAUUCGUAUAUUCUUAGGAAAAAUGUAAUUCAUAAAAGCUACAAAAAAAAUGAAGCAGAAGUUGCAUACAAAGCAGUAAUAAGAGAUAAUGUUGAAUGUUCAAAAACAGUCCUUCUUGCACCACAAAAACCCAUAUCUAUUUCUACCACACAAAAACCUGUAUUCAUCCCAAAAUCUCUUAAUAAACUACAUGCCAAAAUCGCCCUUGAAGCCAUUCCAUCAACCAAAGAAAAAGAAGUCAUGAAAAAACCAACUACCCAAAAAUUUGCUAAAAUAUGGGAUAGCCUCGUUUCAUACACAAAAGAUACUUAUUUAAUGGGUUUCUACCCAGUAGCCAGGCGCUCAGGCACCAAAGCAGUAUUCCUAGCCGAUUUAUCCGAUCCUAUGACUUUAUGGGAUUAUUUUAUUCAUAGAUGUAUCGAUACCAUUUACUUAGAAGGAACUAAUCUCCAAUGCAUCAGCAAAUUUCCGUCAAAUGUACAAACCGUAAUAACAAAUUAUAAGACACGCUUUGCCAAACAAGAACGAGGAUUAUUCAUAAAAAUGCAUCCUAGUUAUCCAAUCUUUGAUGAAGACUCACAACUACUUGUCCCAAGCAUUACCUUUGCAAACAUGGGAAUCAGCAAUGGUUCAAAACCUACAAAAGAUGACCUAACCCAUGAAAUACCAACACAAGAUCAUCUAGUUUUUGCACUUGCCGGUGUCUAUUUAGCAUCAUCUCGCAUAUGUAACGGAAAGAUCAAAAAUCAAGAGUUAGAGUGA